CGCUCCGAGGGCGGAAGUGUGCGCGUCGGUGUCGCCCGCCGACCAGUCCGGCAACAUGGUGGUACCCGUGCUGGAGGCCGCUCACGUGUUUUGCUGCCCAAACCGAGUGCGGGGAGUCCUGAGCUGGAGCUCCGGGCCCGGAGGACUUCUGGCCUUCGGCACGUCCUGCUCUGUGGUGCUCUAUGACCCUCAGAAAAGGGUUGUUGUUACCAACCUGAAUGGUCACACUGCUCGAGUCAAUUGCAUCCAGUGGAUUUGUAAACAGGAUGGCUCUCCUUCUACUGAAUUAGUUUCUGGAGGAUCUGAUAAUCAAGUGAUUCACUGGGAAAUAGAAAAUAAUCAGCUUUUAAACACAGUCCACCUCCAAGGCCAUGAAGGACCUGUUUAUGCAGUUCAUGCUGUUUAUCAGAGGAGGGCGUCAGACGUUGCAUUAUACACGCUGGUGGUUUCUGCAGCUUCAGAUUCUACUGUUCGACUCUGGUCUAAAAAGGGUUCAGAAGUAACAUGCCUUCAGACCUUGAACUUUGGAAAUGGAUUCGCUCUGGUUGUCUGCUUAGCUUUUUUGCCUAAUACGGAUGUACCAAUAUUAGCAUGUGGAGAUGAUGACUGCAAAAUUCACUUGUUUGCUCAACAAAAUGAUCAGUUUCAGAAAGUGCUUUUACUCUGUGGACAUGAGGACUGGAUAAGAGGCGUGGAAUGGGCAGCCUUUGGUAGAGAUCUUUUCCUAGCAAGCUGUUCACAAGAUUGCCUGAUAAGAAUAUGGAAGCUGUAUGUAAAAUCGACAUCUUUAGAAACUCAGGAUGAUGAUAGUGUAAGACUGAAGGAAAAUACUUUUACUAUAGGAAAUGAAAAUGUCAAAAUAACAUUUGCAGUUACUCUGGAAACUGUGCUAGCUGGUCAUGAAAACUGGGUAAAUGCAGUUCAUUGGCAGCCUUCAUUUUACAAAGAUGGUGUUCUACAGCAGCCAAUGAGAUUGUUGUCUGCCUCAAUGGAUAAAACUAUGAUUCUCUGGGCUCCUGAUGAAGAGUCAGGAGUUUGGCUAGAACAGGUUCGAGUAGGUGAAGUAGGUGGGAAUACUCUGGGAUUUUAUGAUUGCCAGUUCAAUGAAGAUGGCUCCAUGAUCGUCGCUCAUGCUUUCCAUGGAGCAUUGCACCUUUGGAAACAGAAUGCAGCUAACCCAAGAGAGUGGACUCCGGAGAUUGUCGUUUCAGGACACUUUGAUGGUGUCCAAGACCUAAUGUGGGAUCCAGAAGGAGAAUUUAUCAUCACUGUUGGUACUGAUCAGACAACUCGACUUUUUGCUCCAUGGAAGAGAAAAGACCAUUCACAGGUGACUUGGCACGAAAUUGCAAGGCCUCAGAUACAUGGAUAUGACCUGAAAUGUUUGGCAAUGAUUAAUCGGUUUCAGUUUGUAUCUGGAGCAGAUGAAAAAGUUCUUCGUGUUUUUUCUGCACCUCGGAAUUUUGUGGAAAAUUUUUGUGCCAUUACAGGACAAUCACUGAAUCAUGUGCUUUGUAAUCAAGACAGUGAUCUUCCAGAAGGAGCUACUGUCCCUGCACUGGGAUUAUCAAAUAAAGCUGUAUUUCAAGGAGAUAUAGCUUCUCAGCCUUCUGAUGAAGAGGAGCUGUUAAUUAGUACUGGUUUUGAGUAUCACCAGGUGGCCUUUCAACCUUCCAUACUUACUGAACCUCCCACUGAGGAUCAUCUUCUGCAGAAUACUUUGUGGCCUGAAGUUCAAAAACUAUAUGGACAUGGUUAUGAAAUAUUUUGUGUUGCUUGUAACAAUUCAAAGACUCUGCUUGCCUCAGCAUGUAAGGCAGCUAAGAAAGAGCAUGCAGCUAUUAUUCUUUGGAACACUACAUCUUGGAAACAGGUGCAGAAUUUAGUUUUCCACAGUUUGACUGUCACGCAGAUGGCCUUCUCACCUAAUGACAAGUUCUUACUAGCUGUUUCCAGAGAUCGAACCUGGUCAUUGUGGAAAAAGCAGGAUACAAUCUCACCUGAGUUCGAUCCAGUUUUCAGUCUCUUUGCCUUCACCAACAAAAUCACUUCUGUGCAUAGUAGAAUUAUUUGGUCUUGUGAUUGGAGUCCUGAUAGCAAGUAUUUCUUUACUGGGAGUCGGGACAAAAAGGUGGUUGUCUGGGGUGAGUGCGACUCCAGUGACGAUUGCAUCGAGCACAGCAUCGGCCCCUGCUCCUCAGUCCUAGACGUAGGUGGGGCAGUGACCGCCGUCAGUGUUUGCCCAACACUUAACCUCUCCCAACGAUAUGUGGUUGCAAUAGGAUUAGAGUGUGGGAAGAUUUGCUUAUACACCUGGAAAAAGACUGAUCAAGUUCCAGAAAUAAAUGACUGGACCUGCUGUGUAGAAACAAAUCAAAGCCAAAGUCAUACACUUGCUAUCAAAAAGUUAUGCUGGAAGAAUUGCAGUGGAAGAACUGAACAGAAUGAAGCAGAAGGUGCUGAGUGGUUACACUUUGCAAGUUGUGGUGAAGAUCACACUGUGAAGAUAUACAGAGUUAACAGAUGUGCGCUGUAAUGAGCUUAAUAACUACACACUUAAAAUCAUUGGCAACUUAAAAUAUUUAUCAUGUAAAUAGAUCAUCUUUCUUUACCUUCAUAAUUGAAUUGCGUCAGAUAAUUAAGUCAGAUAGUAGUUCUUGUUUUGGUCCUAGACCCUUUUAAGUCUGAUGAAAACUGUGGAUUCUUUUCUUUGUUAUAUAAUAUGUACCCACAUACCCAGAACUUUGCACAUACUUUCAGAGAUUCUUGGAUCUGCCUUUGUGUCCCAGAUUAAGAACCUCUUUUCUUUCUUCAGGACCA